CUCUCUCUCUCUCUCUCUGGAAAUAGUGCGGAGGCUAUUCUUCUUUGGGAUGGAGCGCGUGUGGGACUGUGUUUCCUCCGCUGGGAUGUUUAUUCUCGGGCUCCUGUCGGUGCUGUGGCCGGUGCUAAGGGGAGUUUGGAGUUUUAACCUUCACGCAGACCAUCCCGCGGUUUACCGGGGACCGGAUGGAAGUUACUUCGGUUACUCUGUUGACUUCUACCAGGCAACCUCCGACAGCCGCACGAUGAGUGUGCUGGUGGGGGCCCCCAAGGCGAACACGUCCCAGCCCGGCAUCGUGGAGGCUGGGGCCGUCUACUACUGCCCCUGGCCUGGACUGCCAGACAGCUGUAGGCAGAUACCCUUUGAUAAUACCAAUAACAGGAUGAUAAAGGUGAACGGCACCAGAGAGCCUCUAGAGUUUAAGUCCCACCAGUGGUUUGGCGCCUCAGUCAGGACACACAAAGGAAAGGUGGUGGCGUGCGCUCCUCUGUACCACUGGCGGACGGUGAAGCUGAGCGGGGAAAAGGACCCAGUGGGGACCUGCUAUGUGGCAGUCCAAAACUUCAGCGCCUACGCAGAGUACUCUCCCUGCAGGACCAAUGAUCCAGACCCAGAGGGACAGGGUUUCUGCCAGGCUGGCUUCAGUGUGGAUUUUACCAAGGAAGGAACUCUGGUGGUGGGAGGACCUGGCAGCUUUUACUGGCAAGGUCAGGUGAUGACGGCGGGGAUAGCCGAGAUUCUGAACGGCUACUCUCUGAAAGCAGUGCUGCGACGAGUUCCAGGAGAGAAACAAACCAGCGCUGCUGCAGACACACACGACGACAGUUACCUCGGUUACUCUGUGGCAGUGGGAGAGUUUACAGGAGACUCCGAACAAGAGCUGAUCGCUGGGGUCCCUAGAGGGGCACAGAACUUUGGAUAUGUGGCGAUGAUCAACUCUACCAACCUGACCUUCAUCCAGAACUUCACAGGGGAGCAGAUGGCUUCCUAUUUUGGAUACUCAGUGGCUGUAACUGACCUGAAUGGAGAUGGGACUGACGAUGUGCUGGUGGGCGCUCCCCUCUACAUGGAGAGAGAGAUGGAGAGCAAGCCCAGGGAGGUGGGGAGGGUCUACCUGUACCUCCAGCAGGCUCCGUUCACCUUCUCCGACCCCGUCCCCCUCACUGGGACGUACACCUUCGGACGCUUUGGCACCGCCAUAGCACCCCUGGGAGACCUGAACCAGGACGGAUACAAUGACGUGGCAGUGGGUUGUCCAUUUGGAGGAGAGGAGCGUGGAGGCAGGGUAUUGAUCUACAAUGGCAACAGAGAUGUGACCACGCGAGGCCUGAUGCUGAGCCAGGAGCUGAGGGCGGCCUGGACCCCCAGUGGCAGCCUGCCUGGAUAUGGAUUCACUCUAAGAGGGGGCCGAGAUCUGGACAAAAACCAGUACCCUGAUCUGAUAGUGGGGGCGUUCGGUGCAGGCGAGGUGUCUGUAUACAGGGCCCGUGCUGUGGUGUCAGUGGAGGCUGAGAUGAUCCUGACUCCCAGAAUCCUGAACCCAGAUGACCGUCAGUGUCACCUGCCACACUUAAACAUCAAAGUCACAUGUCUGAAGGUGGAUGUGUGUGCAGCAGUGAGCGGUGUGGGGAUCCCCGACUCUGUAGGCCUGAGAGCAGAACUGCAGCUGGAUUGGUUGAAAGGCACCAGGGGCGGAGUUAAGAGAGUUCUCUUCCUGGACACCCAACAGCCUCAGCGCACGGGCGUCCUAAUUCUGGGACACAAUCGUCCACGCACAUGCCAAAGCUACACCGUCUACCUGAGAGAGGAGGACGAGUUCAGGGACAAAUUAACUCCCAUCUCAUUGGCUCUGAACUACAGUUUGGCUCCUCCCGCUCGUGGCCAAGACCUCCCACCUGUCCUCAACCAUUACAGCAGCACCUUUCUUCAAGAGCAGGCCUACAUCCUGCUGGACUGUGGCGAGGACAACAUGUGUAUCCCCGACCUGCAGCUCUCUGCCAGCAUGGACCGCUCAGAGCUGGUGAUUGGAGAUGACAAUCUGGUCAUGUUGACCAUCAGUGCGGUGAACCGAGGAGAGGGAGCGUACGAGACCGAACUCCACACACUGAUACCACCAGAGGCCGACUACAUAGGAGUGGAACGCAGGGUGGAGUCUCUGUCCAAGUUAAACUGUGAGUACAGGAUGGUCAAUGACUCCAGACUAGUGGUGUGCGACCUGGGGAACCCCAUGGUGGCUGGGACGGAGUUGUCUGUCGGUCUGCGGUUUUCCAUCCAGCGGCUGGAAGACGCCGGACCAAAGAUCAGCUUUGAGCUACAGAUCCACAGCUCAAACAAAGAUAACUCCGACAGCAACCUGGUCAGUCUGAAUCUGUCCAUCGCUGCCAGAGCUCAGCUCGACCUACGUGGGGUGUCUCAUCCCUCUCAGGUGGUGCUGCCAUUCCCUCGGUGGGAGCCCAAAGAGAAGCCGGUCAAAGAGGAUGACGUGGGACCGCAAGUAACACACAUCUAUGAGCUCCAUAACUCUGGUCCCAGCAGUAUUCGGGAAGCUGAGCUCCAGGUUGGCUGGCCUUCUCGUUUCCGUGAUGAAAACCUGCUCUACGCCAUGGAGAUUCAAACUGAUGGACCAAUUAGCUGCCGGACUAACACCAGCCUCAACCCACUUGGCCUGCAGAUCUCAUCUCUCCAGGACACGCCAGAGUUAUUGGGAUUUUUAAGAAACAGCAGUGCUCCUCCUCACCGACGCAAACGAGCUGUCAGCGCCACUCAGAGUUAUAGCGGUAAAACCUUGAACUGCACUAAUAUCAGCUGUCUGAGGAUCAUGUGUGUGGUUGGCCGCUUGGAUCGAGGUCAGAGCGCUGUGGUCAAGAUCCGCUCCAGACUCUGGGCCCACACUUUCCUACAGCGGCGUAACGAUCCUUACAUUCUCAACUCCACCGUGUCGUUCACGGUCACAGCCCUGCCUUACCGCAUCCGACCGCCCACCCUGCCCCACCACACCACCUCGAUGGGGACUCUGGUGUUAUGGGGGACCCCCGAUGUGUCGUUUGCUGUCCCGCUGUGGGUCAUCAUCCUGGCCAUACUGCUGGGCCUGCUGGUUUUGGCCAUUCUAACGCUGGCCAUGUGGAAGUGUGGUUUCUUCGACCGGGCGCGGCCCCCCGCAGACGACGACGUCUCAGACCGGGAGCAGCUGACGUCUGACCAAUCAGCGGACGCCUAAGACGAUACACAACAGCUCCUGAUUGGAGGACUGUCUUAUGGGUAGGGGGCGAGCGAGCACCUUCUGAGGAACUUAAAUCGGAUCUGAGGUCUGCAGGUGGACCUGGUGUUCUUUGGCCAGAGGUUGAAGAAACUGAAUGGAGAGGCAGGCAGAAGUCAGCAGCAGCACACAGACGACUGGGACCAAACAACGUGGCUCAGAGCAGCCAGACUGGGACCAAAACACACACUUAACAGACUGAAUCAUACACACAUGUCCAUUGUUUAUCCAGACUUUGGUGGGAGAUUUUGAUGAAGCACCAGAAUUGAAGACAGACUGGACUUUGUUGUGAAGACAAUGGCUUUAAAUGUUUCUGUAGCUCCACAUUCUUUCCCACUGUGUGUCUGUGUAAGUGACACAGAGAGACUUGAGAUCUAUGCAAGAGUGUGUGUGUGUGUGUGUGUGUGUGUGUGUGUGUGUGUGUGUGUCUGCGUGCAUGUGUGUGUAUGUGUGUGUGUGCAUGUAUGUGUGUAUGUGCACCUUUCCCUGCAUAUGCCUAAUGUCCUCUAGUGUCACCCUGAUUUAAGUCUUCUGUUUUCUUAAAAACAUGUAUCACACACACAUGCAUGCACACACACACACACACAAAGGCACAAAGAUGAUUUGUAUAUUUAUGAAUGUAUGUGCAAUAUUUGGACGUUGCGUGAUACUGAAGCUUGUUUACACUGGCAUUAUUUUAUUAGAGCUUAAUGUUUCCAUUCUUUAUGUAUAUAAGUGACUAAUUAGUAUAUUAGAUAUUACUGAACAAUAAAGAAUGCUUUAAAUUGAGUCACACCCAAUCACAAAACCUCUGAAAAAGGUUAUGGAGGGAAGUAAGGAGACUACAAAUGAAGAAUUUAUUAGUGUCUUAAUAUAAUGAGCAUUGCAUUUUGAAGGAAUAGAACAGAGAAAAAACAUUUUCCCUGCUAAUUCAAGGUCUUGUUCCACUUUUUUUCCUCAAAUGUGUCACUUAAUAAGUCUUAGGAAACAAGUUGCACAUAAAUACUCCAUAUCAAAAUGCUGUUGACAACACAUGGGUCUAUACUGUCUACAUAACUGCAUGUAUACCUGUAUGGAUCUGAUCUUAAAACACAGAGCAGUUGUAGCUUUCUAGCGGCACCCACACAAUGUUCCUUUCAACCAAAGUGUCUCAUAUUGGAGUCAUGUUUGGAUUUUGUAUCAGUUGUGAAGUUUUAUUGAAAUAAAAUGUUUUUUC